UGCAUGUCAAUCUCAUAUUUAUUGAUAUGAUAUGCUUUCUGCCCAUUUACGACUAUACCAAACCCAAAAUAUCCCCCACCCCUAACCUAUCAUCUCUUCCUCUCCUCUCUCACACCCACCAUGGUUCGCUCUCUAACAACUCUGGCACCCGCGAACUCAUCAACGACGGCGGCGGCUGCUCCUCCUCCCGAGGUCCUCACCGUGGAGUCGGACUUCGUGGUCAUACUGGCUGCCCUUCUCUGCGCACUCAUAUGCGUGGUGGGGCUCAUCGCGGUGGCCCGGUGCGCUUGGCUCCGUCGCAGCUCUACCCAGACUCGGUCUCCGGCUCGGGCUCAGGCUCUAGCAAACAAGGGCCUAAAAAAGAAGGUACUUCAGUCUCUCCCCAAGUUCACGUACGACUCCGACGGCGCCAAGAACCCAAAGCUAUCGGUGGCGGAUUGCGCCAUAUGCUUGGGAGAGUUCAUGGACGGGAACGAGCUGAGGGUUUUGCCACAGUGCGGUCAUGCUUUCCACGUUUCAUGCAUCGACACAUGGCUUGUGUCCCACUCAUCGUGCCCAUCUUGUCGGCAGAUCCUGGUGGUAGGGAGGUGCCACAAGUGCGGUCAGUUCCCGGCUCCUCAAAUUGAUCAGGCUGGCACGGAUUUCAAUGCCAUUACUCCCAACACUAGCAUUAAUCACAAUACUCUUGCUCCUACUUUCUUGCCUUAAACUUUCCGGCCUUUUGUUUUCUCAUUGCCGUCUUGUAAAUACAAGUUUCUUUUUGAGCAGUUGGGUAUCUAGCUAAUUCAUAUGCUGUGGUGUGUGGAGCAUGUCGGUCCAAUUUCAACCCAGGAUCAGAUCAUGUAAUAUGCGCUCCUCCUCCUCCUGUUUUGUUGAGGUUUUCUUUAUUUCUUUAGACGUAGUUUUUGUGUUUAUCCUCAAUUUUGGGUUUAAAAAUAACUUUUGUAAGAAAAGAAAAUGGUGAAAAGAUCCCUUACUAAAUCGUGAAUUAAAGUAAGAGAUGGUGAAAAGAUUACUUA